UCCUAUAAAAAAUUGCGGCAUUUAAAAAGAACAUUUCAUUGGAAAAUACUCUGUAACUUAAGAUACUUGAAAAUGAGCUUCAUUUACGGGUGUACUAUAGCAAAUUGUUGAGCACUCACAAAGCAGCGAUAAAAAUAUACUUAAAUCGGCUUCGGAGAUGAGUAGAUAAAUCAACCUGCGCCAUAAUCCUUAAGACUUAACCAUUGAAAAUCGAGCCAUCUAUCAUUCGGGUAAUCUAUUCAAGCAGAGUACAACAAGGAUUCCCAUCCCAUGGAAAAAAAAAAACACAAAGAACUCCCUUUUGGCUGUCAUGUGUUGCCGCUGUAAUCAUUUGAUUUGGAUACGCUUGCAAAUUCCCUAAGAGUGUGUUACCCGCCAAAGUUUGGGGUAUUGUUAUGAGAAGAAAAAAGAAUAAAAUCCUUCAGAUACUACCCCUUGAAAUGCCAGAUGUUUAAGCCGCAUGUGGCAGCUAGGUGAGCUGUAUGGUGCAGCAACAAAUGCUUUGCGUGUCAGGUUUCUUUUGUGAUUUUUGUGUUUUAACUCAUUUUCUUCGCUCUAAAUAUCCUGUUGGGGUUUUAAUUCACAUUUUACAAGUGGUCCCAAGAUGGCCUCGUCUAGUUCUGGUGCUAACAAUAAACCACCUCCAGUUCCACCUCGUCCUGUCAACUUGCCACGCCCCAGUAUGCUGCAGUCUGAAUCCCAGGAAAGUCAGAGCUCCUCCAGAUGCAGUUAUAUAGUUUUGGUGUAUCUCCUAGUCGUGGUUAUACUACUGCUCGCCUUGGUUCAAUGGGAACUUGUGUCAUACUACAAACCAUUGACAGAUCUCUUUUUGGCCAAGUACUGGAUUAGUGUAGUCUGCAUGCUGAUCUCAGCUCCACUUUUGGCCAUUUUCCUGCUUAUACGACAAAUUCGAUAUUUACCAAUUCUUGGCUGGCUGCUCAUGUGCUUCAUUGUUGCCUACUGUCAUGCACUCAGCUUCUUGAUUUAUUUCACCAUAACUGCAAUUCUGAUGAUCGUCUUUGUGCUAAUUGGAUCCUUUAUUCCCUGCGACUUAACUGCUAAUGUGGCUAUGUUGUUUAUAGUCGGCUUUCCGAUAUUUCUGUAUAGCAUAUAUCUACUUUUGAUCUUCAUGAUGUUUGAUUCAGGCGAUGGAUUUUUCAUCUCCUUCGCUGUUCUGGUUUUGGGUAUUGUGUGUAUGUUUACUAUGUACCACGCCCAACUAAUUCGAGGUUGGCGAUAUGCAGAACUAUAUACCACCGAUGGACUCUUUGCCGUGAUCAUCCUUUUCUGCCACUUCUGCAUUAUCCUGAUGCUUUUCUGCUUUUUGGACUGGUCACAAGCUGAUGAAGUUGAUGAUAAGGAUUCUUCGGAAUCUGAUGCUACUGCAAUGCAAACAGCUUACAGGGCUCUGUGGCCAUUGGUCUGCUCAGCUGUCACCAAAAAUGAUUUUUUGGGUCAGACCACUCAGGACAUCAGGCGCCUGCUAAGCCCACUCGUCGACAUUAUAAUAACAUCCAUCAUUCUGGACCACACACAAAUGACAACAACUGCCAAAAAGUAGCACAGUAGUAAAAACAUAAACAAAACGCCAAAGACGCAGGAAAACAAAAAAAGAGAGAAAGCCAAAAACAUGGUUUACUUGGACUGCUCACUGAGUAAACAUGACAUAUUUUUGUUUACUCAAAACGUUUUUCUCGUCUUUCUUGUUAGAAAAGGUGGCUGAUGGGCCUUUUAGGCCAGAAAUGAAUGGGCCCUUUGACCACCAUUUAACCUGCCGUUUCGGCGCCUUCAUACACUCGUCUUUAUGACUACACAAAAAUAUAUAUAUAUAUACAAAUAAAUAUAUAUAUAAGGAUAUGUAUAGGAUUGUGUAUGAGUGACUGUUUAUGCAUCCAAUAAUAAGCAAUUUCGUGCACAUAAUUGGCAGUGGCAUGAGCCGAAGCGGACAAAGUAAAUAGCCAUAAUUAAUGUAUACAACAUAAAUGUGACCUGACCGAAAUACAAAAAGCGGUCGAAGCUCACGAAACGACACAGCCUUAAAAGAAACGUUUGUCUCCAAUGGCGCACAGUGGUUCAGAAUCACCGUCUUGUUUACCAUUUUCAAUCCCAAAUAAUAGCAGUGAGGCUAUAAAAAUAAUAAUAAUUUUUACCAAAAAUCAAAUUUUAAAUUGAUGUAGCUGAUUACACAUGUCCCAUAACAAAAGUCUCCAUGGAGCUAUUCCAAUGCCAUCUGCUGAACGUUGUAUGCUGUAUAAUGCGUAUACGCCACGUUGUACGCACUGGAAAAUGUGCAAUAAAGACGGGUUUUUUUCAUUGAUACGCAAAGCAGCGAUAUGGGCAUCUAUGUUGUAUAAUGCAAACUGUAUAUUGAGUGCGGAAUGUUUAAGCCAGACAUUGCUGCGAAAUUGUGAAGGAUGAAAAAUAGGGGGGAAGGGGGUUAAAAUGCGGACGGAAAAAGGAGCAUCAGCCGCAAAAUUGGCAGAAACAACAGGAAAAUGUUUUUCGCCGGCGUCGCGAUGCUGUUUCGCUGAUGUUUCUCCGGCUGAUUGCGUUGAUGAAAUCGCAUUGACGCUCGAACACACAGCGAAAAAUAAUAAUAAACCAUUUUAUUAAAAAAAACGCAUAUGACAGUGAACAAAAUGGAAAAACCAAUAAAAGAAUUUAUCUUGUAAAAUCUUUCAACCGCAGGGAGUACAUCAUUUUAAAUUGGCUAUGAUGAAAUAAAUUUGGAUAAAUUUAAAGCUUUUGUUUUUAUAUGUAAGUUAUGAAAAGGACGCUGCUGUGGACAGUUGUAAAAAUUUAUAAAAAAAAAGCACUUCAAAAGUGGUAUUAUUUUUGGUAAGCUGACAUAUGAUAGGUUUUUCUUUCCGUGCUGAAUCGGGAGCAACGACACAUCCUGCGGAUAUUUGACGGCCUAGGGUGGCUCCACAUUGCAGGAAGUGCUGCUCUGUGUGUGUGUGUUGCCGUACUUGGACACCCAUCAAGGUUCUGAAGCAUUCUCAUUAUUAUAAAAAAGAUGAGAGGCCGUUGGGUUGGGGAUCCAAAAUCCAAAUUAGAUUUGCACGUUGUGUCAAUGAAGGUUUGCUCACAAACGCCGUCCGGGCGUCAUUUAAUUUUCAUUUAAUUUGGCAAAACACAUUUUGGGGCGCGGGCAAGCUCUAAUCAGGCGCAAAGCCUUUUUAUUCUGAUAAUAGUUAAAUUAAAUAAAUGCAAACUGCUGUGAAAAUUUGAAUCUGAAUUUUCGGCUGCUCGGGUGCACAAAAGAUGUCUGCGAAAUUUAUGCGUUGCCCGCCGACGCCGGUCCUUUAAUUUUCCAAAGGGAAGCCAUUGUGAUUGUCGUUCCACGGCGUUGACAGCUGCUCCCUCGGAAAACCAUCGUUUUCCACAAAGCCCGAAAAAGUACCCCGCCCCACUUGAUGGCCGCCCUUUUGUUGCCUGCAUUGCUGCGACAUUUUUAUUACAAGGGCUCAUGAAUUUUAUUUGGCUCGCGAGCAAAAUGCCGUCAAUUUUACUCUGGAGCAAAACUAUUUGGCCAAGACGAUCGGAAAGAAAUUGUGUGCACAAUGCGCGCUGCCCGCAAACAACUCUAAUUAAAAAAGUUUUACGUUUAACCACUUGACUUGGCCCAAACACAACCGUACCGGCAUGUUACACACAUGUGCACUGAGGAAAAAGUUCGAGUUUAAUCAAAUAUUUUCUUAUAAAAAAUAAACAAGAAACGAUAUUAUUUAAAUGCAUGUAUAGACUUCGCUUUGUUUAGACUUUGUUUAGAGGUAAUCGUAUUAAUCAACUUUAAAUAAAGAAUUAUAAAAACCCAAUGAAAGCAAAUUCAGAUAAUAUUAAUGCAACAUUUAACAAAUAAAUGUAUUAAUAAUUUUAAAGUAGUACAAUAUUUGAUAUAGUAUUUAUUCUGCGUGCUGCAUGUUUGUGGCAUGUGAGUGUGUGGCUAGACAAUCAAAACUUUUGCCGCAGCCGAGGGAACUUCAAAGCAAAGACAACAGGCGGCCUAGGCGAAAAGGCAAUGGAAUUGUAAGUGUAGGUCCUCCAAAAUGUGGGGAAAUGAGGAAAGUGGAAAGGGGAAAGGGGGCGGCAAUAAAAUUAAUGAAGCGCCUCGGCUUUUAGCCGGCAGCCAUGAGAGAGACAUUAAAGCGGUUCGCCAGAACAGUUGUAGGUCAUGUCAUUGCCAAUGUCUGUUUAAGUAUGCGCUCAAAGAGCGCCGUUUGGCAGGAAUUACGAGGACGACGAGGAUGGGAGCAACCAGGAGUCGAAAGCCAGGACGAAGAAACCAGGACAAUUUACCCGCGGGACAGCGUCCUUCUUGCCUUUGUUGAUGGCGGGGGCUAAUCUCUGAUGUACACUUAAUUAUGUGGCACACUUUUGAUUGCUGGCGGGGACGUGAGCAGGGUGUCCAGGCUGGAAAAUGGCAACCCUUUCAGGUUUAGUCGACCAUCCAACACCCACACACUUUUUGGCCAUGUCAUGUAAAUUUCAUUUGGCAAAUGCUGUUAGCUUGGCAGUUGGAGAGUAUGCUAUACUUUUUGACAUUUUCAUUCGACUUGGCAAUGCAAACAAGCGAAAGCUGGAAAAUCAUGAAUGAUAGAGGUUUGAAAAGGACUAACCAACAGAGUGAAAGAGUGAAAGAGAUGAUUGAGGAGGAGCUCUCCUAAUCUCUCUGCCAGCUGAAAAAGUUCCCAGAAAAGUUUCCAAGUUGAGCGCCGAAAAAUCUUUAUCACAACUUGCAGUGCAUUCCAUCAAUUUUGCACCACUUUCAGUUCACCUCCAUCUCUUCCAUUCUAUCUCCUCGCCGUGCUGCAAUAAAGCAAUCAAUUUUGAGAACGCCCCUCGGCUUUUCCCUACCCUUCUCCCACUUUCCUACACCCCACACACUUUUUCCAUCGUGGAUGAACGACACCUUUGACACGCGGAGCAGUGAAAAAGAAAAAUAUCGGCGUGCAGCGAGUUAUUCAACCGAAUUGGUAAUUGUUUUUAAAUGGAACUCUUUUGUCCUUGGCCAUGGGCCAGUUGGUCGCAAUUCAGCAGUUCAGCAGUUCAGUUCAGUCGGUUCCCAAUCAAUCAAACAAUCAAGCCAUGUUUAUCAACAGCGCUCAGUAUCGACAACAACUAAUGAACACGAAUCGCGAGUCUGAGUCGCUUCUUAUCGGAUUGUCUAUGCCGCAUAUUGUCUGCUCAUUUGGACUAUUUCUGUUUGCAGUAUGCGCUAUUUGCACAUUUGAUUAAAUAAAGUUAUGUACACUUGUCAUGCAAUCGAGAGAUUAGGACUCAGGCGAGGUAGAA